GCUAGUGUUUGUUGGUUGGGAUCUGGUCGCUUUCAACUUUCCAGGCCUGCCAUUAAACCUACGACCUGCACCAAUCUCUCGAGUUUUGAGUACCCGCCAGCCUUCUUUCUUGCGUUGUUAUAUCCACGGCGGUUCUCAGAAUAGAAUUAAUUGCUAGAUUCACAACCGGAAAUUCAACAGUCACUCAACGUUUCCUUGACAAUGACCAUCAACGCCCCCUCGGAGGCAGCCGCGCCGGCGGUGACAGUGGCCGCGCAUCUACAGGCAGCCCUUCCGCAGGACGGCAGCCGGUCCGAGCUCGUCGCCUCGGUCAUCCCGUCGCUGCUCGAGUGCGUGGCCGACAUCUCGCGCGCCCUGCGCGGCGCCCAACACGUGUCGCGCGUCGGCACCGCCAACACCUUUGGCGACGACCAGCUGAACGUCGACGUCGUCGCCGAGGGCCUCGUACGCGCCGCCCUCGCGAGGUGUCCAUCCGUAUGGACUGCCAGCAGCGAGGAGGACCCCGUCGAGCGUGCCGUGAGGCCGCCAGCCGAGCAGAGUUCCGAGCUGGCGGAGCAGUACACGGUCGCCUUUGACCCACUCGACGGCAGCUCUAUUAUCGCGCCGAACUGGACUGUGGGCACCAUUUUGGGCAUCUGGGACGGCAAGUCGGCGCUGGGUCAAGCGCCCGCCACAAAGCAGGUCGCUGCAGUACUCGGCGUGUACGGACCGCGCACGACGGCCAUCGUGGCGCUGCGAGUCAAGGGCACGAAGCCGUCAUGCUUCGAAGUCGGCCUGACGGGCGAGUCGUCAUGGGAGCUGGUCCGGCCCAGCGUGUUGCUGCCGGCGGGCCGCAUGGACGUCGCCAUGGCGGCGGCGUCGGCGACCAAGGUCAAGUAUUUUUCACCAGCCAAUCUGCGCGCGGCGUCCGAGGACGAGAACUACCGCGGGCUCGUCGAGCACUACAUCCGCCAGCGCUACACGCUGCGCUACAGCGGCGGGCUCGUGCCUGACGUUGUCCACGCCCUCUCCAAGGGCAACGGCGUCUACCUGUCGCCCGUCGCGCCGGGGAGCAAGGCCAAGCUGCGCCGCCUGUACGAGCUGUGCCCCCUCGCCCUCAUCGUCGAAUGCGCCGGCGGCCGCGCCCUCGACGCUUCGACGGCCUGGGAUACCCUGCACGUGCCAGUCAUGAACUGCAACGAGACGGCCGGGCUCGUCUGCGGCACCGACGUCGAGGUCGAGCUGGCCAUCAAGACCCUCCUCAUCGGGAGGGUCGGAUUUAAAGUGGACGUUCCGCCAAAGGUCGUAGCAGACGGUUCUCCUCUAGAAGUUCUGCUGAGUCGCCAGCAGGGAUGAUGACUGAGCGUUGCUGCUGGCGGUGAAUUUCACGCUUGUCGAGAUCAGAGAUCCCCAUGUAGCAUGUUACCAGGCAGGGGCGUAGCCUCAGGUCAUGUUCGUAUGAGAAUCACGAUUCCUUAAUUACCUUACCUUGUGCUUAUUCUAGACCUAGAUGGCGGGACUCGGCUGGCUUUGUGUCUAGAUUUACACAUUGGUAUUCGCUCUGCUUUGGGCCGCUGAAAUGUCUAUAUCGAUGAUUUUGUUACUGAUGAAGUUCUGUGCUUCUCAUCUUCAAG